CCCGCACUGCAUUGUGGGUAAAACAUGUCUGCGCCCUGUUUGAGCAUUGGGAAAUCCAAAUGUCACGUUGAGUAACCCAUAUCGUACCAGUCUCAUUUGGAUGUUUUCACCUAACCUGGACCAUGUUGCAAAAGGUGGAAAUGGACAGCGUGGCCGAUAAGACGCGUUCCCGAGCAGCGAUCGUCGAUUUGCUUGCAAAGAACUUCGACAAGCUGCCCGACCUCGACCAGAAGCUCUUCCAGUACGGGCCCAUGUAUCUGGGAGGAAACGGGGCGCUCGCAGGUCUGAUCGCAAACAGCUUGUACCGCCGAGCUUUAAACGUCACACAGGCGCCCUUCACCUCUAGCUUGCCGAUGGCCGUAUUGCCUUUUAUGACGACCUACGCCCUUUACAACGCCACCGUUUCAAGCCCUCUACUGUCCGGGGACCUCAAUUGUCCGACUUGCGUACUCAUGAGAGGAGCACUAGUGGGUGUGAUCGGCGGGGGACUGUACCCCAUCGUCCUGGCCUUACCUGUCAAUUUCGGCCUUGCGUCCAGAUACAACACGGCGCCGAUGCCGGAGAAAGGGAACGUCCUCCGGUACUGGAUGGACCUCUCCAAGCCGAUCAUGAGGAAGAUGAGGGCCAUGAUUGUCCUUCAGGCAAUUUUCGGUACUUUCCUCAGCUCAAGGCACUAUGAAGGCUACACCAAACUAGCCAAGAUCACGUUUGGCACUCACGCAGAGGGACUCAAAGACUAAAAUAUGCAAGAAUAAAUUCUCAAAGUUUUCAACG